CAUUAACUCUUCCACACAAACAAACACUCUCACAACUACAACUUUUUCUCACUCUUCUUAUCGUCAUCCAUACCGUCUACGUUUAAUCCGUAAUCACAAUGUACUUCUCCACCAUUGCCGCCGCCAUUCUCCCGCUGGUCGCCAUGACCGUCGCUGCGCCUGCACCCUUCACCAAGCGCACCCCCGGCAGCGUGACACUUUGCACCGGCCCCGACCACACGGGCGACUGCCUGACGCGGACCUUUGACGACUGGGAGCAAUGCCACACGCUGACGGGCGACCUUGCACCAUUCUACCACAACCUCGGCACCUUCGCCCCAGACGCAGGCGCCCUCUGCCGCGUCACCAACACGGCCGAGUCAUGCACGACGCACGGCGACCUGUUUGUCGAGAACCCCGAGGGCGCCAACCUGCUCGACGUCAACGGCGUCGACUACGGCUCUACGGCCACGUCGUUCCUCUGCCAGCGCUGCAACUCGUGCACCGGCGGCGGCUUCAGCAACUCCACCGUCGCGCGCCUUUAAAGAAAGAACCAUGAAAGAAACGAAAGAACCGAAACGAAACGAACGGAAGAUCGAAAAGUCUUUGUUGUUUGCUUUGUUGCCUGAGACGAGACGUCCGACCGCGCCUUGGCAUCUCUCCUUAAUGUUUUUUUCCAGCUCUCUCGAGAGAGAUCCGCGUCCGGGACUGGUUUGGUGGCCGCAAGGCCCUAACCCCUGCCUAGGCAUACACCCAUCCUUACCUACCUAUUACCCCAGGCCUUCGCCGCCGCUGUCUGUCGAUGAUCAUUCUGGAGCAGCAUUGCAUGCAUGGCUUAACGCGGCGUUUAUUGUCUUUAUUACUCUGUGCUGGAUACCACUAGCGUCCGGUCUUUUUAUGACAUUCAUACCUAUGAAGUUACGGCUGGAAUUGAAUAGAUCAACUAAUGGAUAAUGUUGAUUGUGCGCUA